GGAACGCGGACCCGAAGUAGCCUAACCGCUACGCAGGAUAAAUUUAUGGUUUGGACAAACCUCACUCAAACUGUAACUGUCUAUAACCAAUCCAUAGCUAAUUAUGAUUUUCGACCUGCUCGAGUCGUUCUCGUUCUCACCUACCUGUAUUUUCGCAGGAGUAGCAAUUGUUGUCGUACUCGGCGAGUACUGCAGAGGAAGAUGUCUUGCCAAGCAUAAAUUCCCGCUACCCCCUGGACCUCCAGGGCGCUGGUUCUGGGACAGUGCCAUGCCAUCGAACAAUGUGACCCAUACAAUCACACAAUGGGUGCAAACGUAUGGUCCGGUCGUCUCUGUACGUCAGGGAAAUCAAGUCUCGGUCAUCAUUGGAAGUGUAGAGACAGCCAACGAAAUCAUGGAAAAAGAAGGGAGUGCGCUCGUUGAUCGCCCCAUUGCCAUAGCUGCCGAUGAAAUGUUUUCUCAAAAUAUGCGUCUCGUUCUUAUUCGUGUCGGGUCACGGUUUCGUCGGUUCCGCAAAGCAGCACAUGUACAAUUACAACCAAAGGCAGUCGAAGCGUACCGAGACAUACAAUCUGAGGACGCAAAACAGCUUGUGUGCGAUAUUUUGAAAUCACCAGAGAAACACCAGGAACAUGUGAAACGAUUCUCAAACUCGGUCAUCCUGCGCAUAACAUAUGGCAAAUCGACGCCGACCGCGAACACGGAUCCUGAGGUAGUAGGGAUGAAACUUGUGGUGGAACGUUUUGGAAUGGUUAUGCAACCCGGUGUUUUUUUGGUUGAUCGCAUCCCUAUUCUGCGGUAUGUGCCUGGGUACGGACGUCAGUUGAAGGCCUGGUUUCGUGAGGAGCACCAACUAGGACUGGGGCAGAUGGAGCGAGUAAAAAAUGAAAUCGCAAGUGGAGUCGCUGGUCCGUCUUUCAUGCGAACACUUCUCGAGCGGCACGGGCAUCAGCUUUCGGAGGAUGAGAUGUCUUUUCUGGGAGGAAUGCUUUUUGGCGCUGCUGCUGACAACACUGCUGCGGCUAUCACCACCGCUAUCCUGGCUGCAGCUUGCCAUCCUGAGGCACAAGCGCGUGUACAAGAACAACUGGAUGCAGUUGUGGGCAAAGAACGACCCCCAUCUUUCGAAGAUAUCCAACAUCUUACUCAGUUGCAAGCAUUUAUGCAUGAAUCGCUACGCUGGAGGCCUGUCGUUCCGCUCGGGUUCCCCCAUCGUGCCACGAGGGAUAUAUUAUGGAGAGGGUUCCGGAUCCCUGCUGGCGCAACUGUCUACGGCUGUCAUUGGGCUAUCUCUCAUGAUGCAGCUGCUUUUCCUGACCCCGAAAAAUUUGAUCCCCAGAGGUGGGUCGAACCCUGCGGGAAUGUUCGUACCGAUCUCGAGUCUUUUCCAUUCGGCUUUGGCAGGCGUGUCUGCCCCGGGCAGCACCUAGCGAGCGAAUCUGUGUUAAUAACUCUUGCCUAUUUGUUCUGGGCUUUUCGAAUCUUGGAACCCAAUAAUGCGCCCAUAGAUAGGUGGGCGUUCGAAGACAAUAUUAUUGCACAUGCAAAGCCGUUUUCGGUCAUGUUUUCCCCAAGGUUGAAUGUGGGGCAUUUGGAAGAAGUCAUGGGACAAAUCUAGAUAUGUACAUCACCUUUUGAGACUAUGUGUUGUCGGAACCGUCCACUGUGGUCCGUUCCGUGCGUAUAUUCACAUGGAACUUGGACCGGCAAGCAAUGGUAAAUUGAUGGCG